CUGUGUCGAGCUGCUCUCUGAGGAGGAACCAUGGAUGAAGUCAACAAAGUUUGUUUUGAUGCCUGUUUGAACAGGUCGCCGUGGUUUGUCCGCCUGUUCCUGCUCGCCGCUGUCCUGUCCUCAUCUUGUUGUACAGAAAAACCCUCAGCGAUUGUGGUACCAAAGAUCGUGGCUUUUGCAGGUGAAAUUGUCCUCCUGCCCUGCAACAUCACCCCUAGUGGAGACGUCCCAACAGUCGAGUGGACCAGGGAGGGUUUACCUCCAGAUAUUGCCUUCCUGUACCGAGAUGGGUGUGAGACCUUCGAGAUGAAGAAUCCAGUGUUUCGGUACCGAACAAACCUCAUCAGGCACGAACUUCACAACGGAAACCUGUCAAUGGUGAUAUCCAACCUGCAGAUAAGCGACAAUGGAAAAUACCAGUGUGCAAUUAUCAGGAAGAAGAAAAAAGUAAUCACAACACUGGAGCUGUUUGUAGGUGCCGUUUCUGAGCCAAAACUCUCAGUUGUUCCUGGUGUUGGAGGUGGACUGACUCUGCAAUGUGAAGCUAAGUGCUGGUUCCCUGAGCCUAAGAUUAGAUUUCUUGACAAUCAGGGAAAUGAGAUCAGUGCCGAAGACCCAAAGAGAGAUGAAGAGUCUUCACGAUGCUUCACGGUCAAAGGAAGAGUGUCUCUGCAGACUGCUACCAACAGGGUCACCUGCAGGGUCCACCAGCCGGAGAUACAUCAGACGAGGGACUCAGAGAUUUACCUGCCAGAUGAAUACCAGGGAUCCUUCACUGUAACCAUUGUAAUUACAGUUUUAACCACCUUAACAGCCACGGUCAUCUGUUCAUGUAUUGUGCAUUUAGUGAAGAAACACAGCUGCCCUGUGAGAAGACAAAAAUGGAGUCUCGAUAAUUAUGAUACGAAUGAUGAAAGGCAGAGUCCGGUCAUCCAGACAAGGGACUGUACAAAUUACUCGGAAUCCUCACCAAGCAUCUCAAAUCCCACGAUCCCACCCUCACCAAAGUCACCUCAGAACAACGGCAACCCCAGACCAGAGGGCUUGACAACAUCUGUCUGCUCCUCCCAGACCACAGAAGAAGAUUCAUCACAUCUGGACACCAGCCGCAAGAUGAAAAGAAACAGUGACGACAGCAGUUCUCCUCCGGUGUUGUCCAUUCCUCCUCCACAUGAGCCUCUUCGCCGUUCGUCCACUCGUCGGUCUAUUAGAGGCAGUAUACGUGUUCAGCACAGAAACACCAUCUCUGAAGACUCAGAGCCGCUGAUGGAGAUCGGAGCUGAAACAAAAUGAGGAACGUUUCAUAAUGAGAUAAAUGAAACAAAAAAAUAUCUGAGGCCGGCGUUUGAAACGGACUCAUGCUGUCAGUCAGGCGGGAGUUGUUCUCCAAAUAUUCGCUAUUGCAGCUGAAUUUCCUGUUAACUGAUUUGUCAUUUAUUUCAGGAUGCUAUCCAAGUGAGUUUUAUAGAAAUGCAUUGCAUUUUAUAAACACACCAACGUUUUAAAUACUUCUUUGAUAGUUUUUGUUUUUAAAUACAGUAAAAGUUGUCAUUUUAAUGUACUGAAUCAUUCAGCUUGUCACAAUAUCUGCCCUUCUUGAUUAUCAUCAUAGGUAGUAAUACGGUUUUAUAACAGAGGCACCUCAAUUCAAACUUUAUCCACAUUCAUUUUGUGUAAUAUAUUGGGAUAUGUAUUUAUUAAAGCUUUCUGUAAUAGUUUUAGAUUUUUGUAAUAUAUUGUAUUAUGUAAUACUGCUGUUUUAACUUGUUAGUUACUGUUCUUGGAACCAAUGUCACCAAUUUCUAUUAUUAUCACCUGGAUUGCUGUGCAUGUGAGUAUGAAGCUGGCUGAGCUCCAGCCAAAGUAAAACUCCGACACGGACAGCAGUGACAGUGAAAACCACGUCAUGUAUCAUGUAACUGUUUGUGACAUUCUGAUAUAAACACACACACCUGUAACACAAACUGUAAUG